UCUUCAGUGUUUUUUUUUAACAUCCUCACAUUAUAACAUUUCUACCUCCUUCCAUCUGUCCCUCUUUCAUUCACUCUUCUAUCACUGCCGUCACAUUUCAUCUCAGGUCCGUAAUUGACGUGCAGCCAGCGUUUGAAUGUCAGAGAGGCGUGGAUGUGUGCCAGCACCUCAUGAGGUGAGUUGGUUCAGACUGAAGGAGAAUCUCUGUCUCCACUAAACAUCUCACCGUGUUUCCGUUGAUGAGGUCGCACGGGUCAGUGUGAAAGGCCCGAGUCUGGAAACCCUGAUCUUAUUGAAUGAUUUAUUCAUGUCCCACAAUUACAGCCUCACCAGCGAGUAUCAAUCAUUUCAGAAGAGGGGGGAGGGUGCGCAAUAUCAGAGGCGUGACGAGAUGGUUGACUUGCUGGCCCACCUCAUUACGCACAUUACGCAGAUAAUUGCCUUUCUUGGCGAACCUCUAAUUAUUAAAUAGUGCUAUAUCGUGGAUUCAAGAAACCCUCACUGAGAUAGUAAGAUUGGCUGUGUUGCAAUUACCCAGUUCAUUUUAAUUUCCAGUUCAGAGGGGUUACUGAACUUUAAUAUGGAAGUGAUAUAAAGACAUGUAUUGUGAGAAUAUUCGUGCAAUAGCAUGCUGGGAAUAUCCCUAAAACACUCCUCGGUUUAUUAAGGAUCAUUCUGAAAGUUGAAAGUGCAAAGUCAGUGUUGCACACAAGCUGCAGCCUCAUAUCCCCAACAAAAACAAUAAGUUAUUUCCUGUCUCGAGCUUUUCACGAUCACUAGGACCCAGAGGCAGCCUAGUAUCGGCCAGUGUGGGUGAACGCGCGGGGGGUUGCGGGGAGGCGGGGGGAAGACUACGCUAAAUGUCAUCCUCAACAUCUUAAAUAAGAGGAAAACACAAAACUAGAAACCUCUACACGUGACAGCGGCUCUGUGCUAUAUGAGGAAAAGGGCAGCAAGCAUCAGGACCAGUCGAGAGUCAGCCAACCUCAGCAGCGCGCAAAACGCACACUCACUCACUCACCGGCUCUUGUUUUCCGCUUUCUAUCAAGCAACACAUGUGAGUGUUUGCAGCGCUAUAGGACACGGACUGCACGAGCUGGAGUGAGGAAACGCAGGUAAACGGAAUCUAAGCUGCCACUAAAGAAGAGGAAGGGAACCCCUCCACCCUCCCCUUCACCGCGACCACCUUUUUCCUACUCCUCAAAUCUCUGUUCUCUUCUGGAGACACAAGUUCCCUCACACAAAGAGGGAUGCUGCAUGUUCCCGAGCCGCACUUGCACUCCGUGGGAAACUAAAAAAGUGGACUGGAGCGGAUUUACACCUCAUCUGAUGCAAGCGCAACAAAACGGACACUUUUAGUGACUGGAGGAUCCGCGCGCUUCAUAAAAUGAUCCCAAUCGGCGACGUGAUAACAUGUCGCAUCUCAACUGAUGUUUGACACACCUGAGGAGCGACUAAAGAAACUGGAGGAGGACAUAACAUACUCAUAUAUUCACCCCGAGCCCUGCUGGCACCUUUUUACUGGAGUCCGAACAACAGAUCGCCGUCCAGAUGCAGUUUCGACUCUUCUCCUUCGCCCUGAUCAUAUUGAACUGUAUGGAGUACAGCAACUGUCAGGCGCCUUCGCACCGCUGGAGGAGAAACAAAAGAGCUAGCUAUGGAGCUUACCCCAUCUGUAAAGGCUGCUCGGUGUGCUCCAGGGACAACGGCUGCGUAAACUGCCAGCCCAAGCUCUUCUUGUUUUUGCGGAGGGAGAGGAUGAGGCAGUACGGGGAGUGUCUUCAUGACUGUCCAGCCGGAUACUACGGCAUGCGAAGCCCUGAACUCAACAUGUGCUCCAGGUGCCGGAUAGACAACUGUGAGUCCUGCUUCAGCAAAGACUUCUGCACCAAGUGCAAGUCAGGUUUUUACCUACACAAAGGGCGCUGCUUUGAUAAGUGCCCUGAGGGCUUUGCCCCGCUGGAGGAAACCAUGGAGUGUGGAGAGGGCUGCGAGGUGGGCCAGUGGAGCGAGUGGGGAGCGUGCACCAGGAGAAACAAAACCUGUGGCUAUAAGUGGGGUCUGGAGACCCGGACGCGGCAUAUUGUAAAGAAACCACCCAAGGACACAAUACCCUGUCCCACCAUUGCUGAGUCCAGGAUGUGCAAAAUGGCCAUGAGGCACUGCAGGAGAGGUGGCUCAGGAAAGCAACGAUCCAAAGAACCAAAGAAGAAGAACAAGCAGAGGCUGCGGUUUCGCGCCCAGAACCAGCACAGUGACCACUUGGCCUCUGCUCGCACCAGCCAGUGAAAACUGAACCUACGGACUUCCCAUUGAACAAAGAACCAACGCAAAGCUGCUAGCCACUGCUGCACCCAUAAUCUGACUGACGACUAUCACCUACCCCACCCAAGCCCACCCCCUCCUUUCUCCUUCUCACCAGGACACAACCAUGACUCACAAGUCCGUCACUGCAAAAUAUAUGUCUAACGUGCGAUAUCAGUAUCACCACACUAAAACACAUUCUUCAUGCCUUUGCCUCCCGCUGCUUCUCCCCCUGCUGCAGUGACCGGCCAGGUGACUCUGUUCUCUCUGCCCCACCCCUCGCCUAGCCAUGUGGACCUUACAGUUGACAUUACUGAACUCAUUUCCCGUCAUUAACAAUGUCAUUAAAUGAGCGGGGUGAUGGAAGACGGAGAGGCAACCAGAGACUGUGGGGGCGGGAGAGCCGGAUAAAGGGAGGUGGAUGGGAGGUUGAGGUUGGUGAGGGAGCUGGCAAGCUGAACAGCUUUCAGAAAAGAGGGGGCAUGGGAGGAUGAAAAAAAAGGAGGAUGAGGAGACAAAAGAGAUUUGACUAAAGCAAAUGAUGCUGAUGGACAAGAAAAUGGCAUCUUGAACUGAAAGAGACUGUUUUUUUUGUUCCUAUAUAUUUAUGUCAAAACUACCCUUCCCCUUUUAAAUGGAGACAGAGUGUUCCCAUGUGUGGCCUUUAUGUUCUGUACAUUUUUGAGAGUAAUAUUAAGAAAAAGUACCAUGAAUAGUUGCAAAGUAUUUUAUUCUCAGCACAAACUGUUUACGUUUAGACCGCUUUAUGCUCUAACUGUAUAGUGUGGAUAAAAAAGAAGAAAUUUAGUUGUUCGACUAGCAUGGCAAAAGACUCAUGUGUACAUAGUUUAUCUAAUUAAGAAAGCUUAUUACUGUAUUUUCAGUAUUGACUCGUUCACCGUUCUAAAUGUUUUAGAGAUAAAAAGGUCGUAAUACCAAGCUACAGAUUAAAAUGAUUAAAAACAAAUAAUAAACAUAGCCGCCACAUAGCUAUUUCAUUUAUAUGGUAUAUAUUUGAUUUAUUUAUUAAUUCUAUUUUGUACUUUAUUUGUUCGGUGAGAUUUUUUGCCUCAUACUGUUACUCUUAUAUGCUGAAAUAUUCUUUGAGUUCCUUAUAACAGUGCAUAUCUUUAACACGUGGAAAAGGUUUUUGUCUGAUGUCACGCAGUGUCGUGUUACGUUCAUUUGACCUCAUCUACUGAUUUCAAUGUUUUCAAGAAGAAAAGAGACAAAUAAAACUAUGCUUUAACACAUUCUAGGUUUGAUAAUUAGGAUCCAGCAAAUGUAUGGUCAUAGGACUGCAUAUGUGUACAUUGUGUUUUAUUAAAAUACAUUUCAUGUGACUGUA